AUGAUCAAUCACUUCCUCGCCGUCAUGGCUUACGCUAGCAUGGUUUGCGCCCUGUGGCCCAAGCCGCGCGAGAGCACGACCGGAAACCAGAUUCUCUGGCUCAAUCCUGGUAGUCUCAAAGCAGUCCUUCGUUGUGGGAAUGCAGAAACUGUCCUGCUAGAUCCAGACCUUGAUUCGGCUUCGACAGUGCUUGAAAAUUAUAUCACCGAUGCUCUUCAUUGGACCCAGUCACUGUUGGAAAAAGUCCCAAUGUUCUCUGAGAACAGGACCACAGAUCGCGCUCAGCCUCAUAUUACGGAAAACCUCGUCCUCCGAAAUGCUGUCCGAGAAACAUUCAAGUCAAUUGACCACUCAGAGUUCAUUCCUUGGAAGUUACGUCCAAGACACUCUCGUUUUGAGCCAAAUGUCGACCUACCACGUCAAUAUAUAUCGGUGCUGGAAAUCCGACAGACGCUCUGUCCAAGCAACGAGAUACUCCACCCUCAGGAGUUUUUCGAUGGAAGCGAGGUGCAUGAAAUUUUCAUUCACAAUAGCACUGCCAUUCUCCGUUCAGAUGACAUUUUGGGGACCCUACGAGGAUUACAAAGCCUGCAACAACUGUUCUACAGCCACUCCGAUUCAUCUGAACAUUACACAAACCUUGUGCCAGUAACCAUUUCUGACAGUCCUAAAUGGAAGCACCGAGGCAUCAGCAUUGAUAUUGCAAGAAAUCCCUUCCAACCCCGUGAUCUCAUUCGCACCAUUGACGCUAUGGCCCGUGCAAAAUUGAGCAGGUUACACGUUCAUGCCACUGAUUCUCAAUCAUGGCCAAUUGAAAUCCCUUGCCUACCAGAUCUAGCCAGAAAAGGAGCAUAUCAUCCAGGUCUCGUUUGGACGACCAAGGACCUUGAGCACAUCCAAUCCUAUGGAGUCUCUAAGGGGAUCUCAGUUUUUAUCGAGAUUGACAUGCCUGGUCAUACUGCCUCCAUUGCACACGCCUAUCCAAACCUGAUAGCGGCUUUCAAUGAGCUUGAUUGGUCAACGUUUGCUGCCGAACCACUCAGUGGCCAGCUCAAACUCAACUCAUCAGAAGUCACCAAUUUUGUGACUGAGGUUCUAUACGACUUGUUACCGCGGAGUCAACCAUUCACAUCGCUUUACCAUAUCGGAGGUGAUGAGGUCAACCUCCCGGCUUACUUGCUAGAUGAAACUGUCCACAGUGAUGACCCAAAGAUUCUCCAAUCUCUCCUGCAGAGAUUUAUUGAUCACAUCGUCGGGAUUGCCUCAGGACUCGGAUUCCAGCCAAUAGUUUGGGAAGAAAUGUUACUGGACUGGAAUCUUACCCUUCCAUCGGCGACUAGCGGUACGAGAUCGGCGAGCACUCUUGUUCAGGUAUGGAGAAACAGUAAGAGAAUCGAGGAGGUCUUGAAGAAGGGCUAUCGGGUCAUAUUUGGGGACUAUGGGCAUUGGUACCUUGAUUGUGGUUAUGGCAACUUUCUUGACCCGUACCCGUCAGGCAGGUCACCCUCAGGUGUACCGUUCAAUACAUCGGGAGGUUUUCCCAGCAAAGUUGCCGCACCUUAUCUCGACUACUGCAACCCCUUUCACAACUGGCGACAUAUUUACACGUACAAUCCCUUGGGAAAUGUUAGCAGUGCUCUACAUCAUUUGAUCGAGGGUGGUGAGGUGCUGAUGUGGUCUGAGCAAACGGAUUCUUUCGAUCUUGAUACGAAGUUAUGGCCAAGGGCAGGUGCAGCUGCUGAGGUCCUUUGGUCUGGGAUCAGAGACGAGUCGAUGCUGGCAGAUGCCUCCAAGCGCCUGGGUGAAUGGAGAGAAAGGACAGUGGGAGAGCUUGAUAUCAGAAUGUCGCCCGUGCAAAUGACAUGGUGUUUAAUGGAGGGCGGCUGUAAUCUUUAG